AUGACUACAGGUGACAUUCAAUACGUCAGACUUGGAACUACUACUCUCCAAACGGAAACUUUGAAUUCCGAAGAUUUCAACGUAAUCAGGAGGAUUCCUCAUCCGGGUUAUGUCCAAGGAAAACAGUACAACGAUAUCGCAUUGCUUCAGUUGGACCGACCUGUUGAUUUCUCAGAUUAUAUUGCACCAAUAUGUUUGUCAGACUUUAAGGAUUUUGUCAACACGAAGUUGAUAGCUACGGGAUGGGGAAAAGUUGAAGCAGAUGGUAUCGGCAGUCCAGAGUUGCAGAAAGUUGAGCUAGAAUAUUAUCCUAAUGAUGUUUGUCAAGUGGCUUACGACAGUAUUUCCUUGGAAGACUUGCCGAAUGGAAUAUCAGAAGAAACACAGAUUUGUGCAGGAGCCUUCGACGGGUCAAGAGACACUUGCCAG